CGCCUGCCUUGCCCUCACCCUCACCCCGUGUCUCGGUCGUCCUGCUGGCCAUCUGAGGCCGCUUACCCCUCUCUGCUGCCGCUUCCGCCGCCUCCAGCAUUUGUCCUGCCUCGUACAGCCUUACCACUCACGUUUGCAAACACACCUAUUUGCCUCUUUGUUUCCCGACCCCUCUCCAUCCCCUUCGACCGCAUUCCAUACUGACCAUCAUUAAAUAGCCUGCUCCUGCCAGCAGUCGUCGCCUUGCAGCCUCACCUGCAAGUCCGAAUCACAACCGAACACAUCACCACACCCAUCCACAAUGGCCUUGAAGCGCAUCAACAAGGAGCUCGCGGACCUCGGCCGUGAUCCUCCAUCUUCGUGCUCUGCUGGCCCUGUCGGCGAGGACCUGUUCCACUGGCAAGCGACCAUCAUGGGUCCUGCCGACUCUCCAUACCAAGGCGGUGUUUUCUUCCUGGCCAUCCACUUCCCUACAGACUACCCUUUCAAGCCCCCGAAGGUCAACUUCACCACCAGAAUCUACCAUCCCAAUAUCAACUCCAACGGUAGCAUCUGCUUGGACAUCCUGAGGGACCAGUGGAGUCCCGCUCUCACCAUCUCUAAAGUCCUGCUUUCCAUCUGCUCCAUGCUGACGGACCCCAACCCCGAUGACCCGCUCGUUCCCGAGAUCGCACAUGUCUACAAGCAGGACCGUGCCAAGUACAACGCGACUGCGGUGGAGUGGACUCGCAAGUACGCCAUUUAAGCUAGACAAUCGACUCAAUACGUGGUCUUCCUAAUCUCUGGGCGGCCGGCUUCGACGACCUCACCAGAUCGACCGAAUCCGCCCGUCUCAUGCCAUCAAUACACGUGCAUGGGCGACCCUUGCAAUGGAAAGUGAACGCUUCCGUCCAUCCGCCUUCUU